CUAGCUUUGAAUGGAUUCAGUCACUCACGGCCUGCACGGAAGUUCUCUUUCUGUCUAUCCACAUAACAUAACACACGUGUGUGGCACACACACAACAGUCAGUCAGUCCAUUUGCUACUAUAGGCAAUCCAAUCAAUACAAUCCACACACACGUGGCGCCACGUGGCUGCUGUGCUGUGCUGGGCUGGGCGGCCGGUUCCUUCGUUCGUUGAGUCAGUCAGUAGACGUAGAUGCCGUAAGCCGUAGCGACACAGAAGAGGGUCUCAUUGCGGUAGACCUCCGACACGCACGUGUCGGUAUCGCCGUCCCAGAAGCAGCGGCUGCCCACCCUCACGCCCUGCCCCCGCUGCUCGCCUAUCACCACCUGCACUAUCAGCUUGUACCGCGGCAAAUGCAGCUCCUUCAGACGGUCCUUGACCUCGUCAGCCACGGCCUUGGUUAGCACGGGAGUCUGGUCGGCGUGAUACUGCGCCUGGUCUGCCAAAUAAAUUGAACCAAAAUGAUGCAGGGCGGACUCCACAGGGAGGAAUGCAUGCAUUCACACGGUGCGUCUGUGGCUCUCCGUGGUGACCGCUCUGCGUACCUACCGAGUUUGGCUGUGAGUACUUCUCUGAGUAUUUCCUUGACGGGCUGCGGGCGGAACUUGUCUUUGUAUGACGGGUGGGUGAUGUAGGUGUUCUCCACCUUCUUGCGCUCCAUUUUGGCGUUGGGGAUAUACACAAGACGCCCACAACACAGAAGGCUCAG